CCAUUUUUGUUUGUGGUGGGCCAUCGGCUGCUCCUACCGCCAAUCCACCUUGCCGGUGGAGACGCCCAGGAGGCAAUUAUCCUGUCAGGAAACUUUUUACGCAGCCGAAGCAGCUAGCAAAACAGAAUGCCAGCAAAAACAAAGGCCGGCCAGGUCACUUGAAAAGGAGCCGGCGGCACCCUCGUCGUUUCCGGACAGCCAACCCCCUGAGCGGGUUGCUCGGUCGCAGUUUGUUGUGGCCCAAAUGUCAUGGCAACCGCUCGGAAAUUGAAAACGGGACGGAAAACUGGAGAGUUGCUGUGGCGAAUCGGGGAAUAUUUUCACGCAGAACGCGAUUGACCGCCGAGGAGCGAGGCCAUGAGCCACCAGGAUGAGCACGAGCAUGGACAUACCAGAAACCGUAUCGCUGCGCAAGUUCCGCGACUUUUCGGCGCGCCAGAGGCAGGAGCUCUACGAAACGCUCCUCGAACUGGCCGAGUCCAUCGAUGAGCUGCCCAAGAAGUCGCUGAGGAAGACCCUGGAGCUCACCCUCGCCGUUUUGGAGUACAAGGGCGAGCAGGUUCAGCAGUUGCAGGAAGCAGCAAGCGGAGGAACCUCCUCCGACCGCCGCCUGCAGGACGAGAAUGAGAAGCUGAAGCGAAUGCUCCAGAGGCUGGAGGACGAACGCGAUGGCCUCAAGAGCAAGGCCAAGGAGUUAGGGGAGCAAAUCCGCCAGUUGGAGCUGCGCCUGAGGGAGGCGGCCCAGCAGGCGGAGGUCAGCGACAAGGACUCAUCGGAUCCCCUGUCCGAGCUGGACAAGCAGGAGCAGCUGCUCCAGAACAUCGACUCCAAGAACAAGCACAUCAAGCGGCUGCUGAAGGAAAUCGAGACACUUCAAAACCAAAACAUAGCUCAGUCGAAGACCAUAGUCCUCCACGAACGGGAGCUGCAGAGCAUCAAGGCGAACCUUGUGCAACUCAGCCAGGACAUCACCAAGGUGGAACAGGAGCGCAAGUCCCUGAAGCAAAGGGAGCAGCAGCAGGCCCUGGAAAUCACGCGCCUGGAGGGAAAUGUUACCUUCCUGGAGGUGGAGCGCGAAAAGCAGGAGCUGGAAAUGCGACAGUUCCUGGACAAGUACGAGACCAAGUCGCUGGGCUGGCGGCAGGCACUCGAGGAUCGGGACAAGGAGCUGGAACGUCUCAAGAAACAACUGGAGGGCAAAAGCAUCAGCUCUGCCCAAACCAAUUCCUUCAGUAGUCAGAGUCAGCAGGAGGAGGAGCACAUCAAGCUGCGACAUCUUUUAGAAUCCCGGGAACAGCGCAUCGAGAAGCUGGAGGCGAAGAUCAAGUCGAUGGCGGAGGAGAUGGCCAGCUCCACGAGGGUGAUGAACCAGUUGUGCCAGGAGAAGGAGCGUGCCCACGAUCCCGAGCAGCCGCGAGCUUGCUGCCAGUUGAUCGAGGAGCGCCUGCGGGCAGCCACUGCCCGGAGUCAGCAGCUCUCGGAGAUGCUGGAGGCGGCCGAGCAGGACAACGUUCUCAAAUCCAAGCAGGCCCUGCACGCCAUAAGUGCCCUGGAGUCCUACAAGCGGGAAGAAGAUGGCCUGAUUCCUGCCCUGCGCCGCUGCUCGGGAUUGGAGCAGAAGCUGGCGGCACGCGACAAGCAGCUGAGGGGCUACAUCCAGGAGCUGAACUCCCUGCACGAGGUGGUCCAGGAGAACGAGAUUCUGCGGCGCCAGCUUCACAUACCCGACGACGUGGUCAUCAUGGCCAAGAACGUCCAUGCCAAGCAGCGCAACAAGGACAAGCAGAUCGAGCGACUGACCCUCAAGCUGAGGACAUCCGAGGAGUUGCGUCUGCAACUGAAACUGGAAAAGAGCGAACUGAGGCGGAAGCUCAUGGAGCUGCAGCAGGAUGGCCCGCAGCCCUUGAACGAAUCCCUGCAGGCGCCCAGCGAAGUGGGUGAAGUGCCCCAUAGUGUGCCCCUGGAGAAUUCGCCCAGACGUGGCCAAGGCGACGGAGCAGCCAGUUCCGAGAUGCAGAACCGCUACGACGAAGUCCUGGCCGAAAAUGAAACGCUGCGCUCGGGCAUGUACGAGAUACUGGAGAAGUUGCGGGAAUACGAUGCCACCUCGGAGCACAUCACCAUCGAUUCCGAUCUCUUGCGCCGCCUGAUCGAAGCUCUUCCCGGCGGAACGACCACGCCGCAGCGACUCCAGGGUCAACUGUUGGAGCUGAAGGCCCGAGAGGAGGCACUGCGUCAACUGCUCCAGCAGCAGAACUACAGUGACUCCGAGACGGGAGAACUGUCCUCAGUGCACAGCCUGUGUGAGAUUCCCGACAUCGCAGAGGAGCAACCUGUCGAGGAGGAUGCAGUGGUGAACACAGCCACCAGGCCAAGUUCGCCCACUGAAGCCACGCAGGGAUUACGCAGACCCACAGUGCCAGAUCCCGAGGAGAAACCGCGCAACGAGGCCCUGGCCGAGCUCUCCAUUCUGCGCAAGCACUACGACGAACUGCGUCUUCAUAUGUCCGCCGAUGGCAGUGAUCUGCUGAACCAGAACCAGCAGCUGCACGACCAACUGAUCGCAUUGGAGUUGCAGCUGGAGAAGCAGCGGAUGUCUUACACCUACAUGCGCAGGGAUUACGAUGAACUGCUAACGGAGAGCAGAAAAAAGGAACUCCGCUUCAUAGAUGAGCAGGCAUCUCUAGCCAGGCAGUUGGAGCGGCUCAAGUGUGAACUAUUGGGAGCACGAGAGGAAUUGGAGAAAGCGCAUCGAAGGAACCCAUACUCUGCGGAGGAGCAGCAGAAGCUGGAGCACAGGAACGCCAUAUUGAGCAUGCAGCUGGGUCAGGCGGUGGAGCAGCUGCUGGGCGAGCUGAAGCCCACGGAAAUAUGUGCAGAGUACGGAAUAAUCAGGGAGAACUAUCAGCUGGACUUCAUCACAGCCGGGGACUUCGAGAAGCAGCAGCAGGAGCUGCUCACUUGGAAGACCAAGCAGGCGGAGCUGCAGAGGGAGAGCAAGCAGCUGGAAGGUCUGCUCCAAGUAGCCAAUGAACAGAUUCACUCCCAGCAAAAGCUGCUCAACGAGAUCACGGAUAACCACAUCAAUCUGCGUCACCUGGUGGCCGAUCUUCAGAGCAGCUGCGACGAGAAGCUGAUGCUGGCCAAGGUGCAGAGGGACUUGGAUAGUGUAAAAGCUGAGUGCUCCCGCUUGGAAACAGAGCGCGAGAAAAUGCAGCUGAAGGCGGACUCCCUGCAAUCGCAACUGGAGACCAGCGAGUCAUCCCUGAAGCAGGCACACCAGGACUUCCAGCAGGAGCGCACCAAUAGCGAUAUUAAGCACAAAUUCCUCCAGCAUUCACUGUUUAUGCUCAAAGAUAAAUAUGCCAAAUUCACGCCACUGGUCUUCCUCACCAACUUUGUGUUCGCCUACCAAAAGUUCCAGCGCCGUCUGGAGGAGGAGCAAGUGCAGCAGCGACAGAGGGACCACACCGCCCUGGCUGACGAAGUGACCGCUGUGGUCCAGGCGGAAAUUGGGCUCAACGAGGAAAGUUCCCAGCAGCUGGUGAAGCUCAUAAAGUCUGAAACGCAGGCUAGACUCCUGGAACAGCGUUGCGAGAUCCUGCAGGCCAAACAGGAGGAACUCCUUCGGGAGUUGGGAGAGUUGCGGAUAAGCCAGGCCACCGACACCGAGCACUGGAGCACCAUUCAAGCCUUGUUCGGUGACGGAGGGCCAAGAAGGCAACCCAUGGCGGAUGCGGAGACCAACACGGACGCGAUGGCUCCCAUUCCGGCCAUGAGAAGGGCAGUCCAGUUGAUAGACAGGGAAUCCUCGCCCAUUGGAUCUCCGCUCCGAAAACAUCCGCACCUGGACACGGCCACGCAGACGCUGGAGGCGCCAGUCAACUUCUCGGAGACGGCGGUCCAAACAAAUGGCAUUCCUGGCCAGCAGAAUCAAGCGGUUCAGACAGCGGAGGCAGUGGAGGACAGCAGGAGAGAUUCACGCGCGGAGCUAGAGAAAAUGCAAGAAACCCUCCAGGAAGCCAAUCAGCGCAUCGAGGUGCUAGGCAAGCAGUUGGAGGCUUCCAGAUCGGAGAGUCGCGAGUCCGAGAGUCCCCACGGUGGGGUGGUGGAGAAGACCAUACUCUCGUUCCACACCCUGCUCCUGGAGAAGGACCAGUCCAUCCAGAAGUACCAGGACCUUCUGCAGACCGAGCGAGAUCAGAGUCAGCAGGCACUUAGCAAGCAGCUGGCCGAAAACGAAUCCCUCAGGGCCACUGUGAACAACCUGAACUUCAACAUCAAGACGAAGGAUGCAGAGAUUCAGAGCCUCCGGGAGCAGCUGAAACAGAAGCCCGAGGUACCGGUAGAGCGCAACUCGACGACGGAUUCGAGCUCCAGCUCCAGUUCGGACAGCUCGGUCAACGAGCUGACGGAUGAGAAGAUCGAGGAACUCUUUGAGAGCAGCUCAGUGGACAGACCCCAAGAAGAGACGGAGGUGCAUGUGGGUGCGGUUCCAGAAAGCAUAGUUGCCGAAGAGCCCGAGGGCGAGCAGGAAAAGCAGGACACAGAGGAGCUGAAGGAAGUGCCGACGCUGCACAAGCAAAUCAAGGAGCUCAAGGAUAAGCUGGAGUACAGCGAAAGGAGCCUCAAGACCAGGGAGGAGGAAGUGGACAUACUAAAAGAGAAGUUGAAGCUGUGCCAGGAGCGGGAGAAGUCGGUCGAGAGCGCCGUGAGUCCCGAACUGGACCAGCUACGCAUCUUUCUGGAUGAGAAGGACAAGCACAUCAAGGAUCUGAUGGACACGCUCAAGAACUUCCACGACGACCAGCAGCGCUAUAUCAAAGACACCUCGAACUUCUCGGAGGACCAGAUAGCCAAACUGGCUGCCGAUCUCAACCGCACCGAGGCCACCAACAAGAUCUAUCACACCCAGAUGGAGGCACUGCGCCGCCAGCUGGCCAACGUCACCCAGCGCGAAAAACAAGCCAGGGAUCUCAGUCAGUCGCUUCGCCAGCAGCUACUCAAGCGCCCAGUGGUCUCUAUCAAAACGGAGCUGAAUGCCCGCGUGAAGAACGAGAACCAGCAGAAGCGAAUCCAGCAGCUGGAACUGGACUUGGACGAGGCGCGUGGCCAACUGCAGCGACAGCAGGCGCUCCUGGAGGCCAAGCGCACGCGCAGUGCCAAUGAGGUGCAGCUGUGGGAGAAGCAGAAGCGGUACCAACAGCAGGCGGAGAAGACCAAGGCCAGGCUGGAGGAGACCGAGCUGGCGCUGGAAAAGACCCGAGCCCUACUCCAGGGAGCCCGCACCACGAUUGCCCGUUUGGAAAAGGACAAGCAAAUGCUCGAGUCCAAGCUGGGCAGGAACGGUCCCUCGAGCAACAGUUCUGGUGGCAAUAAUCUCAAGUGCUGCCGCACUCCGUCCUGUCCGAAUCUCCAGCAUGUGGGUGUCAGCAAGUUCGCGCCCUCGCCUUCGGAGAGUCCGGAGACCUACACGGGUCCCAGCAGCGAGUGCAGCUCUCCGGCGCAUCAUCACGCCCAGAUCUUCGAUCAGAGUCAGGUGGACCUCAUAGAGGCGCUCAAGUCGCGCAUUGAGCUGCAGCAGCGCAAGAUCAUCGCCAUGGAACUGGAGGGCAGGGGCAGCAAUGCCCUGACCACGGAGCUGGAAAAGCUGCAGGAACGCUGCCAGGCCAUCGAGGCCCAGAACAUCCGGCUGGAGGCCAGGAACCUCCAGCUGCAGCUGGACUCCGAUCUCUUGAGGCAGGGCGACAGCAGCGACCGGCUGCAGAAACGGAUCAAGCACUUGGAGGACUACAUCAUCGCGCUCAAGGAGGAGAUGGCUCGCAACGAAUCCCGUCGAGAGUUGUGCAAGUGCAGUGGCCUCAAAGUGAGCACCAAUCAGGGCCAAUCGGCGGAGCAGACGAUCCUAUCGCUGCGCAAUCUCGUGGAGAAGUUGCGAUCGGAGAACAAGUUCCUGAAGGAUGGUCGGCGAUCCACGGAGUCCCGCAGCUCCACGGACUCCACUCCUGCAGAGGCGGCACGUCUGCAGCAGCAGCAUGCAGAGGCGCUGGACAAAAUAAGAGCUCUGCAGCAGGAGCUGCAGAAGCGGACCAAGUGCAGCCAAUGCGGUGGACGCAGCAAGGACGCUGCCAACGAGGAGCUCAAGUUCAUCAAGGAGCAGCUGGUGAAGAAGACGCAGCUGCUGCAGAAGGCCAAAGUGCUUUUGACCCGUGCUGCCGCCAAGGAAAAGGUGCUGAGGGAACAACUGGCCUUGUGGAAACGAAAGUGCUCCGAGUUGCAAAAUGUGCCCGUGAUCGAUGAGAUUAGCGAAUAACCAGUAUUGCUCAUAAGAUGAAUGUUGUACAGGAAAAGAGGA